UGUCCGCCGCAGGCCCCGGGAUCCGCCGCCGGCGCUGCGACUAUGUCGCGGGCCCACGGCCACCUGCGCGCGGCACUGUCCCUGGCGGGGCUCUCUCCGCGCGGCGCAAGGAGCGGGGCGGCGGCGCGGCGCGGCUGCAGCGCGUGGCCCGCGCCGCAGGAACCGGGCAUGGAGUAUCAGGAGGCGGUACGCAUGCUCAACACCCUGCAGACCAAUGCCAGCUACCUGGAGCAGGUGAAGCAGCAGCGGGGAGACCCCCAGACGCAGCUGGAGGCCAUGGAGCGCUACCUGGCCCGGAGCGGGCUGCAGGUGGAGGACCUGGAUCAGCUGAACAUCAUCCACGUCACCGGGACCAAGGGAAAGGGUUCUACCUGUGCCUUCACCGAACGCAUCCUCCGGAGCUAUGGCCUGAAGACAGGAUUCUUCAGCUCUCCGCACCUGGUGCAGGUACGUGAGCGGAUCCGCAUCAACGGGCAGCCCAUCAGCCCUGAGCUCUUCACCAAACACUUCUGGCACCUCUACCACCGCCUCCAGGAGACCAAGGACAGCAGCUGCGUGUCCAUGCCCGCCUACUUCCGCUUCCUCACGCUCAUGGCCUUCCACGUCUUCCUCCAAGAGAAGGUAGACCUGGCCGUGGUGGAGGUGGGCAUUGGCGGGGCGUACGACUGCACCAACAUCAUCAGGAAGCCUGUGGUGUGCGGGGUCUCCUCGCUGGGCAUCGACCACACCAGCCUUCUGGGGGACACGCUGGAGAAGAUUGCGUGGCAGAAAGGCGGCAUCUUCAAGCCUGGCGUGCCUGCCUUCACCGUGGCCCAGCCCGACAGCCCCCUGGCCGUGCUGAGGGACCGCGCCCAGCAGAUCUCUUGUCCACUCUACCUGUGCCCGCCGCUGGAAGCGCUGGAGGAGGGCGGGCCGCUGCUGGCCCUGGGCCUGGAGGGGGAGCACCAGCGCUCCAACGCCGCCCUGGCCUUGCAGCUGGCUCGGUGCUGGCUGCAGCAGCAGCGGGACCAGCAGGACGUCGGAGAGCUGAAGGAGUCCGGGCCGCGCCUCGUGCGGCAGCUGCCCCUGGCGCCCGUGUUCCGGCCCACGCCCCCCAUGCGGCUCGGGCUUCGGGAAACAGAGUGGCCUGGCCGCACGCAGGUGCUGCGCCGUGGACCGCUCACCUGGUACCUGGACGGUGCACACACCUCCAGCAGCGUGCUGGCCUGCACGCGCUGGUUUAAGCAGGCGCUGCAAAGUCGCAAGAGGCCAGGCGGCGGGCCCGAGGUGCGAGUCUUGCUCUUCAACUCCACUGGCGACAGGGAUCCCGCAGCCCUGCUGAAGCUGCUGCAGCCCUGCCGUUUUGACUAUGCCGUGUUCUGCCCGAACCUGACGGAGGUGUCGUCCACAGGCAAUGCGGAUCAGCAGAACUUCAUGGUGACGCUGGACCAGGUGCUGCUCCGCUGCCUGGAGCACCAGCGGCUCUGGGGGCGCCUGGCCGAGGAGCAGAGCGGCCUGCACCUCUGGGAGCCCCCCGCGGCGCCGGAGCCUGGCGGGCCCGCCUCCCUGCGGCUGGCCCCCCGCCUGCCCCCCGCCCCCCGGCCCAGCUCCCUGGUCUUCAGCUGCAUCUCGCACGCCCUGCAGUGGAUCAGCCAAGGCCGGGACCCCGUGUUCCAGCCGCCCGGGCCCCCCCAGAGCCUCCUGACACACCCCGUGGCCGAGAGCGGGGCCAGCGCGCUGCGGGGGGCGGUGGCCGUGCACGUGCUGGUCACCGGGAGCCUGCACCUGGUGGGCGGUGUGCUCAAGCUGCUGCAGCCCACCCUGUCCCAGUAGCUCGGGGGGCCGGGGGCGCCACCCCCUGCCUUCGCUCCGGGAACUCCUCCCAUCUGCGGUGCCUUUGGUUUCCAGCUUUCCCGACUCCGCGGGACCUGCCCCGGUGCCCGCGCCCUGGACACGAGUGGGCGCCCCCACGGGAGGCCAGGAUUAGCAUCCUUUAUCUCUGAGCCCCCGGCCUCCCCUUCCUGCCCGCCUGCCCAGACAGGCAGGGGGCUCCCCAGCGUGACGGUGGCAGUCUGGUGGCAGUCGUGUCCCCUCCGACCCCGUGCUUCCUGGCUCAGGCCCAGCUCAUUGUGUGAGAGGCCUGGCCAGGCGGGGGUCCUGCCGGGGCUGGCUCAUCGGCUUCCUCUCCCUGGGACCCCGGGGACAGCGGGUGGCCGGAGGGGAA